AUGGUGGUCUGCAAAUGCAGAAAGGCUACGAAGCUAUAUUGCUUUGUUCACAAGGUCCCUGUUUGUGGCGAAUGCAUUUGCUUCCCUGAGCAUCAAACUUGUGUGGUCCGGACUUAUUCAGAAUGGGUGAUAGAUGGAGAGUAUGACCAGCCUAAGUGUUGUCAAUGCCAAGCAGCCUUUGAUGAGGGCGGAGCUCAUCAACUCACUCGUUUGGGUUGCUUGCAUGCUAUACAUACAAGUUGCUUGGUUUCACUUAUCAAGAGCCUUCCUCCUCAUACUGCACCUCCUGGUUAUGCCUGCCCAACAUGUAGCACUCCUAUAUGGCCUCCCAAGAUGGUAAAAGAUGCAGGAUCUCGGCUUCAUGCACAGUUAAGGGAAGCGAUUAUGCAGACUGGUCUUGAAAAGAAUCUAUUUGGGAACCAUCCAGUUUCUCGAUCCACAGAAUCUCGGAGGAAUCUUCUAGCUGAAAAUGGAGAAUAUUCCAAAUCUGCGGUUUCAGAGAUAGUUGAGAUAGAUGUUCCUUCUUCUGCUGAGAAUUACAUGAAAACCUCAAGCCCUGGACAUGUUGCUGCUGCACGGAAAGGCAUACCCGCUGUGGACAGACAGAACUCCGAGACUCUAUAUUAUGCAGAUGACGAAGACGGGAAUAAGAAAAAGUACUCAAGACGAGGUCCACUUCGUCACAAGUUUCUGCGGGCUUUACUACCAUUCUGGUCAAGUGCGCUACCUACUCUACCCGUGACUGCACCACCUCGUAAAGAUCCAACAAAGGCAGAAGAUGGUUCAGAAGGACGUGUAAGACAUCGGUCAUCAAGGAUGGAUAUAAGGAAAAUACUCCUUUUCUUAGCAAUCAUGUGA